UUUUUAUCCUUAUUGUGACUUUUAUUGGCUAUAUAUAUGGGGGUUCUACACUUAGUUUGUAUUCUUUUCACUUACAUCUAUCUCAAGUCAAUAAAAAGAGGGUAUCAUGCUGCAGGGAAGGCAAAACAAAAGAAAGUUUUUGAAGUUAAGUCGUCUUCAAAUAAGCCUCAUCCUAAGUUAUGGAAUCUUAUUUGGAACUUGAAAACUGCCCCAAAAAUUAGACACUUCUGGUGGAAAGUAUGUUCAGAUGCUUUCGCCAUACUGGAAAAUCUCUUCAAGAGGAAAUGUGUUGAAUCGCCAGUAUGCCAAAUUUGUGAAUCAAAGGUGGAAACUAUAGAUCAAGAUUAUCUGAAUAGUGGGUUGUUUGAGUACAUGGUACAAAUACAGGUAAGCUAUACGACAGUUUCUUAAACACGCGGUAUGAUAGGAGUAGGCUUUGCAGGUAUAUUAUUUUGCAUCACAAUUCGUUUUAGCACUCUUAUCGAGAUUGUUUUCAAUACUAUACAACAUUACAUGCUAUAAAACAUUCAUAAACACGCAGUCAGUUACCAUUUAUCUUAUAUUUAUGCUUAAUUUUAUAUUAUCUAAAACAAUAUAUAAUUGUAAAUUAUAUACGUGUAGUCAAUUAAUAUGUAUUUUAG